UCCACAGUUGCAAUCCAUUCGCGGUGCGUCCAGCAUCAAUUUCGGAAUGAUGCAGGCAUUCCGAUGUCAACAUUUCUACGUCACCGCUCUGACGACGGGAUUGUUAUUAGUUUCAUUUCACUAUUCGACUAAUGUCGGAAUCAAAUCGACAGUUUCACACAAGGACAGCGACAGGCAUCAGCUAGUAAUUCAAUCACAUCACCAGCCUGAAUGGGCUAAAGCGAAUUAUCCUUGGAUUGGCGAUCCUCACUGUCAACAUUUACCCGUUCAAUUUGCCAAGAAUAAAACCCGUCCGAAAUGGGCGUUAACUUCUUUCCCCGGAAGCGGAGUGACGUGGACUCGUCAGCUCAUCGAAGGUGCAACGGGAAUAUACACGGGGACCGUCUACGGAGCCAUAGAACCUCCGAUCGUGGCAACAGGAAGACACCACGGUAAUGAAGCUCAUUUCAAUUGCGGCUGCACGAUCCUCAUCAAAGACCACGACGGCACCGAGGUGGAUAACCUCCCCGCAUACCUUGAAGAAAUACGCAACACUUCGAUGAAUGCGGCGCGGAGAGAACAGUACGAAAAGCGAGCGAUCCUUCUCCUUCGAAAUCCCAUUGACGCUUUGUUCACGUUCCGUCACUACAUAAUGGCCGGAGAUGAUCAAAAGGGGGCAGUGUCGCCAAUGACUUUCAAGGGUCCUGCCUGGAACCAUUACGUCAAUUACGUGGCGUACGCAUGGGCGGAUCACGUCAUACGUUGGAUACAAAACAUUCAAAACGGGACCGUCAUCUUCUACGAACUGCUCCUGCAAGACACCGAGGCCGAACUGAAUCGGCUCUUGCGGGCCGUCAACUUGACCAAUCCUGUCGAUCCUGAGCGGAUGCGCUGCACCCUCAAACAUAAGAAUCGCUCCGACCGCAAACGUCCCAAAAAGCCAACGAUCCCGCUGACUCCUGCGCAAUAUUCCAAGUUGGUGGCGUCCAUCGAAAGAGUCCAGGAUAGUCUCCGCCAAAAAGGAUGGCCGUUACUGCCCCUGCGCCUUUACAACCUGAAAAAACAGUAGACAAAUUUCGUGAA